GUUGUCUCCGGUAAAUGUCCUACCGAAACGGUCUAGAAGGGUGGAUUAUCGGCAAUUGACCAAGAGUGCUAGGAGUAUCGUGAGAGGGAUUUUUGGGGAGUUUGAGCUGCCGAUGGAAGUUGUGGGUGGGAGGGCAGGGGUGUAGGAUUCUGCUGGGUCGGGUGUUUGGUUGGGAUGUCCGGUUUGAUAUAUCUCUAACUUCCACUCAUACUACCCUGCUGAAAUCUCUAUAGACAAGCUUUUGAGACGCGGAGAGAAGCCCGGUAUUUCUAAAGCUUAGUCUUGGUUUUUAGUCCCUGCGGUUUCUUCGUUCCUGAUUUUUCUCUGGCCACACUUUCUUCGUUUCAUCACCCUCGAAAUUUCCCGUGACAUUCUCAGCCCCCUUCUAUCACUCCCCCCCAACCAAUGUCCCCUAAACCCCCAAUCGGCUUCUGUGGCCUCGGAGCUAUGGGCUUCGGCAUGGCCACGCACCUCGUAAAAUCUGGCUACAUCGUCACCGGCUUUGACGUCUGGACGCCAACCCUCGAGAAAUUCAAGACUGCCGGCGGCGUGUCAACUCCUUCGCUCUCGGAAUCAGCGAAAGACAAAGCAUUUUAUGUCGUCAUGGUUGCUACCGCGCAACAAGCUGACUCCGCAUUAUUCGGAGAAGAGGGGAUUGUGCAGAGCUUGCCGAAAGAAGCGACGCUAUUGCUGUGUUCCACGGUACCGAGUUCGUAUGCCCAGGCGGUGGAGGUGAGGUUGAAGGAUGUGGGGAGGUCCGAUAUCUUCUUCAUCGACGCGCCUGUUUCUGGUGGCGCGAUCCGCGCUGCAGACGGCACGCUUUCUAUAAUGGCCGGUGGGUCCUCAGCAGCCCUUCAAAAAGGCCAAUGGUUGCUAGAAGAGUUGUCCGCGCCGUCGAAACUGUUCAUUGUAGCGGGUGGUGUUGGCGCGGGGAGUAAUAUGAAAAUGGUGCAUCAAGUGCUGGCCGCGAUACAGAUUCUGGCUGUAAGUGAGGCGUUUGGGUUUGCGGCGAGGUUGGGGCUGGAUGGGAGUAGCGUGAGGGAGAAGGUGGUGGGAUGUGAGGCCUGGAGCUGGAUGUUUGAGAAUAGAAGCGUGAGGACGCUGGGGGAGGAUUAUUUUCCUGGAGCAAGUGCAUUGAUGAUUAUUCUCAAGGAUGUGGGCAUCAUAACUUCUAUGGCCCGCCUGGUAAACUUCCCGGCCCCCCUCUGCACCAUUGCCGAGCAAGUUUACCUCUCUGGCGUGGACCGCGGCUGGGGACCCAACGACGACGCCGGCAUGGUUCGUCUCUGGACUUCAGAUCCGGUGUCUAGCAUCCAAUCCACAUUAUCUGCUACAGAAAAGGAAAAGAAACUCGAUCUCGUUGUUAAUCUCCUGCGUACUGUCCAUCUUUGCGCUGCAGCCGAGAGUAUUGCAUUUGCGAAGCAUGUCGGAUUGCCGCUGCCCCAGCUGUAUGAGUUGGCCGUUGAUGCGGCGGGUGGGAGUACCAUGUUUAAGGAUUUCGGUGCAAAGAUGAUUCCGAUUUUGGAAGGGGAAGAUAGUGGGAAGGAAAGGAUUGUAAGUUUUCUAGAGAGUAUUAAAAUAGUGUUGGAGGAGGCACAGGGCAUCAAGUGUCCGCUGUAUUUGGGAAGCGGUGCAUUGAAUUUGUUGUUGAUGGUGAGGGGAAAGGGAGGUGAGGUAGACCUGGGGGGAUUGCUGGGGUUGUAUAAGAGGUAA